AUGUCUGCACCUUUAGUAAAUAUACAUCACAGAAUUGAUGCAUUAUCUAAGAAUAUAGAUUAUGUUUCAUUCCCUCUUUUUGCCAGAUGGACCAAGAGAAGGCAGAAUCCUGCUACCGACCAACUAUUUAGUCUUGAUAAAUUCUGUCCGAUUACUAAAAAAGCAUUAGCAGCAUCAACAACAACUCCACAAACUAAAAUUCGUUCAGUUCUUAAUAACAAAGAUGACAGAAACAAAAGAAAAAGAGAUUAUUUACUUCAGAAACGUCAAUGCUUAGGAGGAGCUCCUUGUAAUGAAUGUUGCACAGCGGCAGUGUUACCACCACCAAUCAGCCCUUGUGGUGGACGUUGUCCAACUGCGAUACCACCACUACUGCCAUGUGGUGGUGGACCAUGCGGUGGGACUUGUGGCAGUGGAUCUUGUAAAACACCAACUGUUUACUCAAGUAAUUGCGGAAGCCAUAAUGAAUAUCAAGGCUCCUAUGACAAUUGUAAUCAAUUACAAUCUUGCGAUGAAACUCAACAGCAAGUUUGUUACGAUAAUUGCCAAGAAUCACAAUAUAAUCUUAUGAUGUAG